UUUCGCCGGAUACGUUAAGGAACAGUUGUCGCUCAUUAACAACAACAACAACCAUGUUCUCCAAAAUCGCCAUCAUCGCUUGCGCCGUUGCUGCGCUCGCUGUCUUCGCCGAGGCUGGAUAUGAUGGACACGCACCUCAGGAUUACUUCCACGUUCCCAAGUACAGCUUCGAGUAUGGAGUUGCUGACGCGCACACCGGCGACAAGAAGAGCCAGGCCGAGACCCGUGAGGGUGACGUCGUCAAGGGCCACUACAGCCUGGUGGAGCCCGAUGGCACCACCCGCACCGUUCACUACACCGCUGACCCCCACAACGGUUUCAACGCCCAGGUGACCAAGUCCGGACACGCCGUCCAUGCUGCCCCCGUCCACCAUGCCGCCCCUGCCUACCACGCUGCCCCCGCUUACCAUGCCGCCCCCGCCGUGGCUCCUCUUGCCUACGCUGCUCACGCCGCCCCCGUGGUCGCCCACCCCCAUGGCGCUCCUCUGGCCUUCGCCAACCCUCUGGGCUACGGACACGGAUACGCCAAGAUCAGCCGUGGAUACUAAUUUUGGUGUUGCCGACUUUCCUGUUAUGAAUGAGAGAUCUCCAGCAACUUUUUAUAAAAUGUCAAAGGUUGUUUCCUAAAUAAAAAAUGAAAA